UUUCAGCAAGGAAUAUCAGAGCAAAUUCGUUCAAUGAUUGAAACAUUAAUUUGCAAAAAAAUAACCGAAUUUAUCAAUGAAGAUUUCAAUGAGAAAUUAUUGCAAACUCAAACAAAAACAUCCCUAGCAGAUGCAGAACAAAUCAAUACGUUUGCUUCAAUUGUUGGAUUACCUAACAGUAAUGAAUUGAUGGAAACCUUUCGAUCGUUUAAUAUUACUAUUAGCCCUUCUCUUUUCAAACAACUAGUUUCCAGAAUUUAUAUUGACUUCAGGCUAAAUGAAGAUCCAUUAUGCUACAAGAAUACUGUGGAAAUAUCUAACAUUGGUGAAAUUUCACUCAUAGGCGACAGCAUUAAAAAAACUCCAUUCAGUGCUGCACCAAUGUUCUGGCCAAAAGAACCUUCUUUGCAAGAUGCAAUGAUACAUUUACUUAUAUCCGAUUAUAUUGCCAACGCUCUACUUUAUCAUGCUUUCUCGGAACAUUUGUUGCAGUUUGUCGUGGACGAUAAGACAAUUUCGUCUUUAGGUCCGCUGCUACGUACCUCCUGUACAACCGGACUUUGCUUUGCUGAUCUGAUACCUCAAAUAGCUGAACAAUAUCCAGAUAGCAAAGUGCGACUGAUUUUCACGCCCACCCGAGCUCCUAUAGUGCUGUUUCAAGCGAAACAGGGCGGUGCACUAGUCAUUAAUAUGAAUGGUUUGGUAUUCAUGUACAUUGUAGAAUCCAGUGAAAAAACUCAUCAAGCAGCAGCGUUUGCUUUGGACAUUGUUGCGAACAUACAUUUACAUGUUGAGAACAACACAUUGCUUGGUAAGACAACGGUGGACAGCUUCCAAUUAAGGAACACAUAUGGACACAUUAAUAUAAGUGAUGAUGAAUUAUCUGACGUUGCACUGCUAAGUUCUGAAAUGUUUCAGCGUUUCAUCAAUGAUUUUCUGCGUGGCGGAUUUCCAAUACCAAUACCUAAAGUUUUACGGAUAAACAUCACUCAACUACAAAUCCUUGACCGGAGUGUUUUCAUAUCCGCAGAUUUUGAUUUGGAUCGGAGGCGUGUAAGCAAUCUUGCAUUACAAGCAUUUGCACAUACCAAAUAUUUCCAACGUGACAUACGUAUGUACGGCAGUUGAGUAAAUAAUAUACGAGUGAUUGCAAAGGUGUAACCCACUUGAUGUAAAUACUUUCACUGUUUUAAAUUUUAUACACUAAGUGUGUGGAUAAAUUCAUAGGUUGUACUGCUUGGUUAUACAAACUACAAAACAUUAUGUUGGUGACAACACUUUAGUCGACUAAUG